AUGCCCAAAGUUUCUUUGUCCCAUCUUCCCCUCUCGGGGCUCUUUGCCGUACAUAAACCUUCUGGACCAACGUCUAUGUCUGUUAUUGAUGAUAUCAAGGAGCUCAUUGCCAGGUCUAGGCUUUUUGUCAACGCAGAAAAGCUCAAAUCUGUAGGUAAAAUGAAGAAGAUUGGCAAGCGCAGUAAGGGCAUUGUCAAGAUCGGACAAGGUGGAACGCUGGAUCCCCUCGCGGAUGGAGUUCUGGUUGUAGGCAUUGGAAGGGGUACAAAAAAGCUCAGCGACUUUCUAGAUUGUACUAAAGAAUAUCGCACAACAUGUCUAUUAGGGUGCGAAACGGACAGCUACGAUAGCGAGGGUGCUGUGGUUCGAACGGCACCUUGGCGACAUAUUACGAAGGCCGAUGUCGAAGAAAAGCUGUCAAUUUUCCGAGGCGAAAUACAACAAGCGCCACCUAUAUUCUCCGCUCUUAAAAUGGAUGGCAGACCAUUGUACGAAUACGCUCGCAAAGGUCUCCCUCUUCCCAGACCAAUUGAGAAACGCAAAGUAACGGUCCACUCCUUGGAGCUGAUCGAAUGGAAAGGCAGCGAACACUCAUUUUCCUGGCCUGAAAAGCAAAUGCCUUCAUCCGACAAGGAGGCCCUAGAGAAGACGCUCGAGAGUGUCGGAGAGGCCCCUCCUGUCGCUGAAGAACCCAAGAGCGCAGAAGAAGCCUCAGGCAAACCCACUGCGUUUGUGCUUUCGAUGAAAGUCUCCGGGGGGACAUACGUCCGUUCAAUUGUCCACGAUCUUGCUCACGCUUUGGGGUCAGCUGGACAUGUUGUAACUCUUACUCGCUCCCGUCAAGGUCGGUUCGCGUUGGAGCCACAAGAAGAAGAUGGGAACCAACAAUACGGAUGUAUACCUUGGGAAGUCUUUCGUGACGCAGCCAGUGACCCAGGUCCAACUAAUGACGAAGGAUGGACUGAAUGGGAGAGAAAGGUCAUGGAACAUCUGGAGGUCGUUGAAGACAAAUCCUAA